GUGUGUGCUCUGCUGGUUACGGCCUUUUCUUCCGAUGUGUGUUAGUUGUCAAACACUAAGGGUUGUUGUUGUUAAUAGAUAUUUGCCCAUCACAAAAACAAUUUAAUAUUGGCAUGAUUAGUUCUAAGGCGGGGACAUGAGGAACAAGACAAACAGCAGUACAAUACUGGGCAAGAUAAUGAAUGGCUUUCAAGCCGCUUCCAAGCAAUUUGUGGAUAAGGACAUGGAGGUCGCAGUAGCAGGCCGGACCUUUAUGAUCACAGGAGCCGGCAGCGGGAUUGGAAAGGCCACGGCCCUUGCCAUUGCCAAGAAAGGUGGUACGAUCCACAUGGUGUGUAGGAACAAGGAAAAAGCAGAGAAGGCCAAAGCAGACAUUGUCAAAGAGACAGGAAACAAGGAAAUUUAUGUACAUCUCUUGGACAUGUCUGAAAUGCAGAAAGUUCUGGAAUUUGCAGAGGGCUUCAAGAAAAAGUACAAGCAGCUGAACGUGCUGAUCAACAAUGCAGGUUGCAUGUUGAAACAAAGAGAGGUAAACUCUGAGGGCUUGGAAAGGAACUUUGCAACAAACACUCUGGGGGUUUACAUUUUAACCAAGAGUUUGAUUCCCUUACUAGAGAAAAGCAGUGAUCCCAGAGUGAUCACGGUAUCUUCCGGAGGAAUGCUGGUUCAAAAGCUCCAGAGCGAUGAUCUGCAGUCAGAAAAUGACCACUUUGAUGGGACUAUGGUCUACGCACAGACCAAGAGGCAGCAGGUGGUGAUGACUGAACAAUGGGCAAAGGCUCAUCCCAACAUCCACUUCUCUGCCAUGCAUCCCGGAUGGGCUGAUACCCCAGCAAUUGCCAUGGCGAUGCCGGAGUUCCACCAUGCGAUGCGAGAGAAGCUGCGCAGUGCCGAUCAGGGUGCCGACACGGUAGUGUGGCUGAGCGUCUCCCAAGCCGCUGUCACUUUGCCUAGUGGCUGCUUCUUUCAAGAUCGGAGACCAGUUUCAACCCACCUCCCCUUUGCCUGGACCCAUACAUCUCCUGAACAGGAGCAGAAAUUCAUGACCCGGCUUGAAGAGUUAUCAAAGUCAAUUCAGGCUCGCUGACUGACCUGUCAAACAAGUUCUGUGUGUACUUGACUAGUUCAUUAAGAGCCCAAAGCCCAGUAUUAACUUGAAAAGAACUGUAGUCUCUCCUGUUUGACCACCCCUAUGAUAUUAUUAACCUAUGCUUACUUGGUCUAUGAUACUAGCGAUAGUGCCCAUAUAAAACACUAAAUUGAUUUUUCCAAAGCACUGUCUUGGACUGAAACAACUUAACUCAGCCCAACUGGCUGGACCUUUGCUUCCUCAUGACCAAAAUACAGGCAACAAACCCAGACCGGUGUUGGUAUGAUAUGGGAGAGGAAGGAGUAGAGUGUCUCACUCAUCCAGCAUUCUGUAGACUUCACUCUCAGAGACCUGAGUACCUUUGUCCUCGGGACUGCAGAUGAAUGGUACGCAUAUGUGUUGGGCUGAAUGUUCCUCAUUGUAAAGGUGGAUGGGGCCUCUGUGCUGUUUACACUGGGACAGCCCAUUUUUGUGGCAUCAUCCAACAGUGCCAGUGUUACACUUCAGUUCUAGGGGCGCGUAGCCUGCACUGUUGGAAUAGGGUGAACUCAGAAACUGCAAUAACGCUACGAUGUUUGACAUCCUGCUAGAAAAAACAUCAGAACCACUGCCAUGCCUGCUGCUGAUGAAGGAAGGAAAUAAAUGUUGCCAUUUUGCUACCCUGAGUGCAUAUGAAAUUGACAAAUGGUUAAUUUAAAUACAAUAAAAAUGACUUAAAAUUUG